AUGAAGCCGCUGCUGCUUCUUUUUGGGUCCAACUCCAACACCAAGUCCAAGGCUGUGCCUUUUAUGGUGUUUGUGUUGGUCCUUACAGGUAUGGUGGAACAAGGCGAGGGCACCACUUGUCACAGCACAUUCUUGUCAGCACUGGUGCAGUUAAUACCCUGCAGAGCAGCAGUUGCUCCCUUUAGCCGUAUUCCACCAAGUGAGACUUGCUGCAAUGCCAUCAAAGCUCUGGGACAACCUUGUCUGUGUGUUCUUGUUAAUGGUCCUCCCAUAACUGGUGUGGAUCGGAACAUGGCCCGCCAGCUGCCUCAGAAAUGUACUGCCAACUUCGAACCAUGUGAUGCAAUGAAGUAGAUGCAUGUCUGACUUCUUUAAGAAUAAAAUUGUGCAGAGCUCCUCAUCAGAACAUUUCCCUGUUCGUACUAUCUGUAGAUUGCACA